AUGACAGCCACGACCAAACCAUCCACCGCCCCCAUAACCCGCCAAACCUCCCCCUCCCCCCCCUCCAUCCCCACCCACCCCCACUUACACCACCCACUCCCCACCCCCCCUCCCCCCCCGCCCCCCCCUCCCCCCCCCCCACCUCCCACCACCCCCCCUCCCCCCUCCCCCCCCCCCCCUCCCCCGCCCCCCCCCCCCCCUCCCACCCCCCCCUCCUCCCCCCCC